AUGACUUGCGUCAUUGACACGACCGAAGCUGUGCUGGAAAUCCAUGCGCAUCACUUUGACGACAAGGGCCGGCUGAAGAUUGACGAGGAUCUCCGACCUUUUUCAUUACAGGGUAUUGUCUUCUCCAUGGUCAUUGAGGAGCGCAUACUGGGCACAGCCGUGACGGUGGAGAAGCUGCUGGAGCACAUCUCACAUCUGAAUAAAACACGGACGACCCAUCGCAUCUGGCUUCCCUCUCGACUGCAAUAUUCGCUUUCCUGGCUGUUUAAUCGACAUUCUUCCAUCUCUCUCUCCGGUAUCUCGACCCACAUUGACGAGAACCCCGACUCUCCCACGGACCCUAUUGCACUUGAGAGCCAGGCCAAGGAAGCUUACCGACGGCUACUCUUUAGCCGCGGGUCAAAACAUUCCCCGGUGAGAAAAGGCUUUUUGAGUCGAGCCAUUGUCGGGGCGUACAAAUGGCUCACCAACCCCGCCGGCAUAUACGCACUCCGGAUGGUCAUUUUGACCAUAGGCACUGCGAUUCCGGCUGCGAUCCCAAGCUCCGCGGGUUUCUACUAUCGCGAAAAGGGAAUCUGGACAAUAAUUACAGCGCAGACUUGUCUCGUGGAAUAUACCGCCGACUUUACGUUCUCCCUUGUCUCUCGUGGGCUGGGCACCGUGGUUGGGGGCAUUCUGGCAGUCGUCGCAUGGUAUAUAGGGGCUGCGAACGGCCCAGGCAACCCAUACGGCUUAUCUGCCAUCACGGCUGUGAUCACAGCCAUUAUUGUCUGGUGCCGUCUAUUCCUGCCGCCUGCUUUCGUGCAGGCCGGCAUCAUGCUCGGAUCCACCUUUAUCCUCAUCAUAGGCUUCAGUUACGACCACGACCAUAUCGAGCAGUACGGGCUGCCUGGAAUAGGCUAUGAGGCAUUUUGGAAACGACUAGUAACGGUUCUGGUGGGCUUUGCUGCGUCAAUUAUUGUCCAGCUGUUUCCGAGACCCCCCUCGGCCACCAGCCACGUGUGCAAAUCGCUUGCUAACACGGUACGCACGCUGGCUGACCACUACUCUCUCCUACUCUCUCAUUGGGGUCGUUCAGAGCAGGGCAGCCCUCUUGGAGCCGUGGCGGAGCAAAUUUCCCUCGAGGUAGCGGAGACUCUACUCUCGCUCAACGGGGCUAUCGCACUGCUCAGGGUCGAACUCAACCUCGGCGCCUUUGAUCAAAAGGUUCUCAAAAAAACACAAGAGCAAUGUCAAUACAUGAAUCAAUCUCUGGGAAGGCUCCUCGUCCUUUCAGCCUCUCUCCCCACGGAAUUGCAAGCCCGACUCGUCAACACAGUCGGCCUCUUGGACGAUCGUAUCAUUGGGGAAGUCAUGAGUGUGCUGGGAAUCAUCGAACAAUCACUAAGGACCGGGGGUCCUUUGCCUGAAAGACUGCCCACGCCGCUCAUCAGCAGGUUUUGGAACGCACAGAGCCACGAGGCCAUGCUGAGCAAGACCCUGGUCCGCAAUGAAUAUUACAGGCAAUACUGCGUCGCAAUUUCUAGCUAUGUAAAGUUUUUGUCUACUAUUGAUGACUUGGUGCUGCUACUCAAGGGAGCAUUGGGGGAGUGUCAUGUUAUAUACCGCUGGGAAGAUGCAUGA